AUGGUAGAAGGUGUUUCAGAGAUAGCUGCCAUGUGUGUCGGCCUGAUCGGGUUGAUUGGCGCGGCAGCUACAACGGGAAUGCCCAUGUGGAAAGUGACAGCUUUCAUCGGAGAGAACAUAAUUGUGAUGGAAACCCGCUGGGAGGGCUUGUGGAUGAACUGCUUCAGACAGGCUAAUAUCAGGAUGCAGUGUAAGGUGUACGACUCCCUGCUGUUCCUUCCCGCGGAGCUACAGGCGGCCAGGGGUCUGAUGUGUUGUUCCCUGGCCUUGUCAGGACUGGGGCUCCUUGUUGCACUGGCAGGAAUGCGGUGUACUUCGUGUUUCCGGGGUAAUGACUGGGCCAAGACCAUAUUCCUCUUGGUCGCAGGUGGUAUGCAGUUGGCGGCUUGCGUUUGUGUUUUCAUCCCUGUGUCGUGGACAGGUCAUGUCAUCAUCAGGGACUUUUACAAUCCUUUACUAAUCGACGCCCAGAGGAGGGAGCUGGGAGAGGCUCUCUACAUCGGUUGGGUGACCGGGGCCUUCCUUUUCGCCUCGGCUCUGUUGUUCCUCUGCCGCCGCAUGCCCUCAGAGAAAGGCUCGUUUGAUGUGUAUCAUCCGGCCCACCUGCUCAGUUACAAGCCAACACUCAACAAACCAACUUACAUGAGUUAUGAUCCCAUUUCAAAUGUUUCCAGCGUCCGAUCAGUGUACCCACCUUCUCUACCAAACAACACCUCUGUUGGACAACAGUUUGCAACACCACUGCAAAACCUCCCUCCGGUAAUGACAAGUGAUGGAGCUUUAAUCAACCCUCCUGUUGUCUACCAUCCUGGUCUGCCUGAAAGUGCAUCACUUUUGUAUCAAGCCAGCAUGGCUCAACGCUCCUCAAUGCGGAGUUCGAACCAUGUAGGGAGCAUGUACACUCCAGGAAACUCCUUAUACAUGACCCAGAACACGACUCCUUAUUCGCUAAAUCCUUCAGCUUCCUACCAGUCCAGUUUUCAUCCGACGCCACACACUCCAGUUUUUAUUGGAUACAAGACUUCAAGAGUUCAUCCGAACACUCACAGUAGGAGCAAUGCUGGUGUGUACAUCUGA